UGCAAGAGUCGGAACAGGAAGGAAAAAAAAAGGCAUCUACCUUUCUCAUCCAGGCGAUAGAGCCUUCUCACAGACGGACUUCAGUCUUCCUGUUGAAAGCAGAGCGGGAGGUCGACGCUUCCACACGGAAAAGAAAAGAAAAAAUUCCCGUCGCAUCCUUUUUUCUUUUACGAUCUCUACUGACUCGUGUUGAUAAAAGAUGCAAAGUAAAACCCAUGCAAAACAGCCUGCUUUAUUGUGCCUCUCGUGGCUGGGACAAUUAGGCUUACGCAGGAAGAAAUAACAGGGUUUUAACUGGACUGAGAAAGGGAGCACAUCCUCGGCGUGUGGCGGAAGAGAGAGGGGGGGGAUUUUGUAAAGAUGUGAGAAUGCAUUAGAAUGCAAGAAAUGGUGUGAUGGCGAGAGGUACGGCUGGGAGAGACAGAUCUGCAUAUGGAAAUUAGGGUCUGCGUGGUUAAAAUGCUGCUAUAACUGCUGCAUUAUGUUGAAUUGGGCUGGGAGGAAACCUCAGCACUCAGACGAGGAAGACUGACUUUCAAACCUCCAUAAGUGUCCUAAACAGGUGCACUUGUGUCGUAACAAAUGGGUGGAAAAUGUAUGAAAUUCUGAUAUUUCGAAGUACGGUGGCCUAUAUUUCAAAUAAGCCCACUGUUUUUUGCGAUAGCAUGAUUAAAAGACGAGCAGGUGCUGUUUGUUACACACCGUUUUAUGAAAGAACGCCAUUUGCUGUGUAUGUACUACAUCAGAAGUACAUUUAUAUUUUAUUUAAAUAAUGCAGACUUUAAGGAAAAUGAAAACGUUGACAUUUACCAAGUCCUUGAAUGGAAAAGAAUUUGACUUCUUAGUUUUUAUCCUGUUUCAAGGAAAAUGGAAAAUAAAUUCAGUCGCUCUAUAUAUUAAAGAUCUACAAUUGUCAUGUCAUAGACGAGUGAGGCUCAAAAGGAAAGCUAUCUGGUAUAUUUAUUACUAUUUAAUAUAUUUAAUACUAAUAAUAGCUAAAACAUACGUUAUCUCGUUGAACGAACUGGCGAUAAAGGAAGUACUCAGCAGGGAAACCUCUUGUCAAGUUUCCGAGACAGGGCAAGUCACACCCCUGUUGAAACUUCUGACCAAUCAGGAGACGCGAGGAGACUUUGCGCAUGCGUACAAUCAAGGCGCGGGAGAGCCCGAAAACCAAAACAACAGUAAUGACGACUGGCCAGUUUUUAUUCAUUAUUGCCUUGAUUUAAAGUGGUAUUUCCACAAAAUACAAACAUAAAGGAGAGUUUGAAGUCAAAGGUAAGAUAGCAUUUUAUUAAAACGGUAUCUGAAACUAUUGUUUUUGCUCUUAGCAAACCGUACAUACGCAUGUAAAAUCCUUUUGUUGCAAAAAUGGCCGCUUUUAAAAGGCAUUUUGAGUUUAUUUCAUAAUUUUAAAGCUGCUGAUUAUAAAGACUUCAUUUUAGACGCUUUGACUUUGGUUGUUAUUUUAUUAUUACUGUCGUAUCUUACAUAUUUGACGUUGUGCUGUACUUUGUCUAGCAAAUAUUUAAAAUGGUUUUAAUCGUUGUUUAAAUUUAAUCUGUCACUUACUGCGUGACGCUGACGGUCCACCAACAGCAUGGCGGAAGAGUUCAGCGAGUCCCUCACUCCACCAGUGUCCCCCUUUGCAGCGGACAACCAGUGUGACCUGGCGGCCACUCGACCGCCCUGCUUCAGCUGCUGUGAAGCUAAAGACGAGCAGGCUGCAGCUCUGUGCCCUGAGGGAUACCUGGGACGGGGAUCCCUGAAACGGCUGCUGCUGCGUCUCGACCCGGCCCCUGCUGAGUUUGAGACGGACACGGUGGAGAUUUUCGGCUUCCCAUGGGUUACUGGAACGGCGCUGGUGGAGUCGACCAAAUUGCUCUUUGGCCUGUUUCGACAAACAUUUUACAAGUUGGAGACUUUGGUUCAGUCGAGUUCACAUGACUUUGGACAAGCAGGGAAUCUGCAUUAUGAAUCGGAGGAGCUUCGGCAGCAGUGUGUUUCGUUUCUUCAGUAUGUUAAAGUCUUUUUGCACAGGUACUUCGAACCGUGUCUGGACGCAGCUCACUCGCAUCCCUACGAGCAGCUGGAGCAGCAGUUCCCCUCCGCUCUGCUGGAAGAACUGUUCGCCGUCACUCUCCUGACAGGACGACUCAAAGACCUGCCCGCAGGCGUACAGGCAGCCUUCAGUAUGCAAAACCACGGGAAGAUCUUUCCUCCCUCCUGGCAUUUGCUGCACCUUCAUCUCGACAUUCACUGGUCGGUCCUGGAAAUCCUGCAUGUGCUGGCUCACAAGAUGCAAGGCCAGGUGGUUUAUGCCCACCGGUUCGUGAACCUGACGGGGGAGAACCUGACCGAUACGAGUCUGUUUGAGGAGCAGCUGGCCUCCCUGCUGUGCGACCUGACAGCUCUGGCCUCGGGCAAAUACAGCAAGGUGAGACCUACGGAGACGCUGAACAGCAGUCCCUUCCUCUGCCUUUGCACCAAAGAGCUCUGGGUGCUGCUCAUGUACCUCCUGCAGUACAGAAAUAAAACUCUGCGCACACAGUCGUUUUGGAGCUACAUGAACCCCUUGCUGAAGCCUGUGGUAGAUGGGCAGCCUGCACCAGAACACCUCGGCGGUCCUCUGACGCACUGUAAAGACCCUCUGGGAUUCACAUGGUGGCUCCUCACCCACUUGGCCAUGUUGGGCCAGUACAGCCGCAACGGCACAAUGCAGAAUGAGAAGUGUUUGGAGGAUAACUGGACAUUUGUGGAGGGGUUGCUCAAGAAGACCUGUGACCCCAAGGGUGGGCUUGCAGAGGAGCAGAUCAGGAUGCAUGUGCACUGCUGCCUCAGUCUGUGUCUGCUGUGGGAGCCGAGCACAGCUGCUGUCUCCACCCUCUGGGAGACCUACAGCAGGAACCUGAACUCCUCGUUCACCGUGCCGUGGUUGGGGGUGUCGGGCCUGGGCGCCGUCUGCAAGACGCCACUGGCCUUGCUGGAGCAGGCGCGCAGCUGCUGCUGCCCCUCUGCCCCGCGCUCUCCGGGCCACGCCCAACUCUACAGAUCCGCCAACUCGUUCCACAUCUUCCUCCGAGUGCUGGCCCUGUGCCUCGGCCAGGACAGGGCCGGCGGCGCCCCGCAGAGGCAGAUCAAGGGAAGGAUUUACUCCAAGUUCUCAAAAAAGAAGAUGCAGGAGCUGUCUGAAGGCGGCCUCAUGAACUUCCUGCUCCUCUUCCUGGUGGUGGCCAGGCAGGCGGAGCUGGAGGACGUGGCCAGCAGAGCCUGCGAGCUGCUGGGCUUCUUGCCCUCUAACUGCCCCCCCGCACAUCGAACACUGGCCUGGAGAGGGCAACUGUCACUGCUGUUGCUUUUCCAGGAGAGAGGUCUGGAUGUUGGCGCUCAGGCCGGUUGCCUGGCUUCCUCUUUCAACGAGACGGCCAAGGAGUUCUACAGUAAAACCACAGAGGUGUCCCGCAGGCUCGCCCUCUGGGGGCCCCUGGGUUCCUACCUGGAGGGCGUGGCCGAGGUGUUCGAGACGAGCUCCGGCCUCGGCCUGUCGGAGGAGAAGCUGCUUGGCGAGGGCUUCGAUUGGCUGCUGCCGGCGUGUCGUCAGUCUGAGCUGAACUCCGUCCUGAGCUUUCUGCAGAUCGUCCUGGCACAGCUCAGACGGGUCCAUCAGCGCAGCGUCCAGUCAGCGCCCAUCCCGGCCUGGGCUCCGGCUCCAGCCAGUGUGAUUAGGGAGCGCCACCUAGCGGUAGCUUCCGCUCUGUGGUUGCACUUUUUCCCCUUUCUGCGCAGCUUACGCCUCUCCCAGACCCCGCCGGCCCAGCUGGCAGAUGCUGCUGCAGGUUUCACCUUGCUCGCCUUUGACCUGCCCAGUUCUGCCCCUCAGGACCUGCAGCCCAACCCGGUUCAGACCAUCAUGCAGCUCUUCGGCUGGGACGAUAUGGUCCACCCGCUCCUGGUGACGCGCUACCUUCCCCAUCUGCUCCAGAACAGUGAGCUGGUGUCGUCGCUAAGCGGCGCGGCCCCUGGUUCGGCUCAGGGCCUCUCAGUGAGGGCCUGGAUCCGAUGUGUCCUACAGCAACACCUCCACAAGAACCCAGACGGAACGGAAAGCAAAACGGCCCGGGCAGUGGGGGAGCAGCUGUGCGAACUGACCCGGCUCGUCCUGCGACUGCCAGAGGUGGACGGCUUUCUUCAAAGAGCCGGACUUCCUCCCCCGGCUGCCAGGCCCGAGCCGACUGCAGCCCUGGAGACGUUCGUCAAGGCUGUAGGCAGUGUUUGCAGCGGGUUGCAGCUGCUGUCGGAGCGGUCGGCCAUGGCGACCAGAGCCCUGGACUACAUCGGUGACGUCCUGAAACAUGUGAAGCCGUACGUAGUCAGCAAGAACCAGGAGGGGAUGCAGCUGGCAUACUGGGCUGUGGGUUGCGUAGUGAAGCAUUGGAGCCCCCUGCUGGCCACUUCUAAAGCACAGCAACUGCUGUUCCGGGUGGUGGACGGGCUGCUGCUGCCGCCCAAGCUCCCGCAGCAGGACAGAGCUCUGAGGGACAGUUUACCGCUUUAUCUGCAGGGUCUGUCGGUGGCGUCGGGCGUGUCUCAGUCCCAGGGUGCCGGCCUCAAGCAGCAGCUUCGCUCUGUAACCCGCAGAUACCUGGACCACUUCCUCCCCGCCUCGCCCUCUCUGGGCGUGGUCGCCAACCACCCGGUGCUGCUCGGUGCCUGUGAGGGCGCGCCGACCGCCAGGGGAGAGGCGCUGAGGAAGACCGUCCUGGAGGUGCUUUGCGAGAAUUUCCUGCAGUUCAAAAGCCACGCCCCCCCGCCUCGCCUUGCGUCCGUCCUGAUGUUCCUGUUGGAGCUACUGAGGCGAAACGCCGACACGGACGCCUCCCUCCUGUUGCUGCCUCUUCCAGCUCUGCUGCGUUGUUUGAUGCUGGUCAAUGAGCCGACGGUGAGGAAGAUGAGCACGGAUGCGCUGCAGCUCGUGGUGGAGCGAUGCGUCGCUGCGUCUACCGUGAGGCCAUGCGAGUUGAUGAUCGCCGCCUUACGGUCGUUCGUGGAGGAGAACGUGGGCGUCUACGACAGGCAGGUGUACGUCGUCCUGGAGACGGUUGCCGUCUUGGAUCCCGCUGCGGUUCGAGCUCUCAUCCCCAGCCUGACUCUCAGUCUGAGGAGCAGCGAACACAAAAGGGGCCUGGGCAAGAACAUCGCCCUGAGGAGUGCAUACAUGAAGCUGCUGUCUCUGCUUGGACAAAGUGGGCAGGAGGAAAUCAACAGUCUGGAGAGCGACUGUGAGGUUUUCCUCUAACAAACUUUUUCAUCUGGGAGAAAUCGAACUUUCUUAAGUGUGUUUGUGGUUAACUGGACCAUCCAUCACGUCACUGAAAUAAUAAGAAAUUUUCUUAAGAGGCACAAUGGGUGGAACCUGAACAUUUUCAGAGGUGUACAUAAUGCACAUAUUGUAAAAAAAUAAAAAAAGGUCCAGCUUUUCAUUGACAUUUUCUACAUUUAAAGAGAAAUCCUCACCUCUGAUCUCCAAGUAGCAAAGAAUGCGAGCUGUCGGGAUCCAUCUCUGCUCUAAUUCGCAGAUACCAUGACAGUCGUGGGCGAGCUCCAAAUAGUUCAGGACUUCGAGAGAAGAAAAUAGCGGAGAGGGAGAGAAUGGAGGGAACUGUUUGUUCCGAUCCUCUCAUUCUCGCCUUCUCUAAGUUGCAGCAAUCUCUUGCAAUCUGGAUUUGGCUCGCACCUAAUCACGUGAAGUCUCACUCUUGUCAUCCAAAAUCACCCAAGUCUCAUUUUCUGUCAUUGCUAGUCAUUUUUCAGCCUCAUCUUGACUGCGGAACGUCUCACCGGGUGGGUGGGGGUGGGUGGUGCAAGCUUUGUCCUGCGAUGGCAGCAGUAUGAGAGGAAAGCACAUGGAAUGUGAGAAUGUUUUAAUAUCUGCAUAAAAUUAUCUUUAACUCCAUAAAGAAUUGCCAACAACCAAGCUUUGAUGUCCUUUAAGUAGCAUCUUUAUUCUGCAGUUUCUUCCGUAUAUUCUUGCAGACAUGUUGCUUCGGAUACAUGAGGGAUGUGCAAGCACUUUUUUUUCUCUCUCUCUCUCUUUCUCUUUUAGUAAAAGCAAAUGUUUGACAAUGCAGAAUAAUACGUAUUACAUGAUUGAAUGUCCAGACAUUCAUUUAAAAACACAAACAAACAGUCAUUGGGUCCUGAGCGUAAAAUAAAAAGCCUCAAUAGCUCACACACCAGCUGCGUUUCCAUUGACCGUAUAGUUGUGCAAAUUGGAAUUACUGAAUGUUAAUAAUUAAAUUUUAGGAAUGAAAACAACCCGAUUUCGGAGAGAAAAAAAACCCACAUUUUUGGGUAAAGUUUUUGCAAUAAGAUUAAGUGAUUUUUCGCCCAUGCCAAAAUUUGUUCAUUUCGCAAAAUUGCGACAGAACGCCUUUUUUUGUUUUUCACAUCACGCGAGUCACAUGAUCAACAGUCGGCUGUUGACAAA